GCCCGGGACCGGGUUGGGCUGUGACGCUGCUCGCGGGUGUCAGAAUGUCAUAUCCAGGCUAUCCCCCCACCGGCUACCCACCUUUCCCUGGAUAUCCUCCUGCGGGUCAGGAGUCCUCUUUUCCUCCUCCGGGUCAGUAUCCUUAUCCUACUGGCUUCCCUCCAAUGGGAGGAGGUGCCUACCCAGCAGCACCAAGCGGUGGUUACCCAGGAGCUGGAGGCUACCCUGCCCCUGGCGGUUAUCCAGCCCCAGGAGGCUAUCCUGGUGCCCCACAGCCAGGGGCAGCUCCAUCCUACCCUGGAGUUCCUCCAGGCCAAGGGUUUGGAGCCCCACCAGGUGGAGCAGGCUUUUCUGGCUAUCCACAGCCACCCUCACAGUCUUAUGGAGGUGGCCCAGCACAGGUCCCACUACCUGGUGGCUUUCCUGGAGGACAGAUGCCUUCUCAGUAUCCUGGAGGACAAGCUCCUUACUCUAGUCAGCCUGCUGCGAUGACUCAGGGAACUCAAGGAACAAUCCGACCAGCUGCCAAUUUUGAUGCUAUGAGAGAUGCAGAAAUUCUUCAUAAAGCAAUGAAGGGUUUUGGGACAGACGAACAGGCAAUUGUGGAUGUUGUGGCCAACCGUUCCAACGAUCAAAGGCAAAAAAUUAAAACAGCCUUUAAGACCAUGUAUGGCAAGGAUUUAAUCAAAGAUCUCAAAUCAGAGUUAAGUGGCAACAUGGAAGAACUGAUCCUUGCCCUGUUCAUGCCAACUACGUAUUAUGAUGCCUGGAGUUUACGGAAUGCAAUGCAGGGAGUAGGAACUCAGGAACGUGUAUUGAUUGAAGUUUUAUGCACAAGAACUAAUCAGGAAAUCCGAGAAAUUGUCAGAUGUUAUCAAUCAGAAUUUGGACGAGACCUUGAAAAGGACAUUAGGUCAGAUACAUCGGGGCAUUUUGAACGUUUGCUUGUAUCCAUGUGCCAGGGAAAUCGUGACGAGAACCAGAAUGUUAACCACCAGAUGGCUCAGGAGGAUGCUCAGCGCCUCUAUCAAGCUGGCGAGGGGAGACUGGGGACCGAUGAAUCUUGCUUUAACAUGAUUCUUGCCACAAGAAGCUUUCCUCAGCUGAAAGCUACCAUGGAGGCUUAUUCCAGGAAGGCUAAUCGAGAUUUGUUAAGCAGCGUCAGCCGUGAGUUCUCCGGAAAUGUUGAAAGUGGUUUGAAGGCCAUCUUGCAGUGUGCCCUGAACCGCCCUGCCUUCUUUGCUGAGAGACUCUACUAUUCUAUGAAAGGUGCCGGCACAGAUGACUCCACCCUGGUCAGGAUUGUGGUCACGCGAAGUGAGAUUGAUCUUGUCCAAAUAAAACAGAUCUUCACUCAGAUGUACCAGAAGACCCUGGGCACAAUGAUUGCAAGUGACACGAGUGGAGAUUACCGAAGGCUUCUUCUGGCCAUCGUGGGCCAGUAGGAGAGAUUUUUU